AUGUCAGAUAAUGGCUCCUCAUCCGUGCUAGGAGGUACAAACAGACCAAGCUCCAAGCGCUCGAACAAGUCGAAUGCCUCACAUGAGGCCGAGCCUCUGCUGUCGCGAUCGGACGAAACUACACGUUAUGAUGGCUCGGAAGAUAACGAGGAUGAAUACAUAGCAUCACCCGCAGCCUCGUCGUUACGGUCAAUACAGAAUGGAAACGCUGCACGAAAGUCUGACAAGGACGGCCACAGAUGGCCAACGAUUGUAGCUAUCACGGUACUUGGCUUGGUGGCAGUGGCCAUUAUCAUAGGGGCUUUCUUUGCCCCAGCGGUCGUGGAGGAAUAUGCGAAAGAAGCUCUUGUCAUUGAGCCAACCGGGUUAUCGAUAGACUCGUUCACCAAGACCGGCGUCAAAGCUAGGAUCCAAGCCAACUUCAAGAUGGAUGCCUCGAGAGUCAAGAACAAGAAUGUCAGGAAUAUUGGAAGAUUUGGAACGUGGAUUGCGCGUGAGGUUCAAAGUCAAGCGUCUACGGUGGAGGUCUAUUUGCCAGAGUAUGGCAACAUUCUUAUCGGUACAGCGGAUGUGCCGCCAGUCACUGUUGAUAUUCGAAAUGGUCAUAUCACAGGAAUCGAUUUUGUAUCAAUUCUUGAGCCAGGAAAUGUCGAUGGCAUUCAACAAGUUGCGAACGACUGGUUGGAUGGUCGCUUACAGAAAGUACGCGUAACGGGCAAAGCCAAUGUUGGCUUGAAAUCAGGCUUAUUCUUUCUUGGCACUCAGAGCAUCUCAGAGUCUCUUACUUUUGAAGACAACGACAUUCCUAAGAUUCCGUCGUAUAAUAUUACACGACUUAAUUUUCAAGAGGUUCCAAUUCCUUCCACCGGCAAAGUAGGAAUGGCAGCGGAUGUCUCACUGUCGCUUGUCAACAGCUACCCCGUUAAGUUUACUAUUCCAUCUCUCGGUUUUGACAUCCUUGUCCCAAAUUGCGGACAAGAUGAUCCAUUCAUCCAUCUAGCGGAUGCGACUACCGACUCCGUUGACGUUGAACCUAAAUCCGAGGUAAAUGUACAUGUAUCUGGAGUUGUCAGUCAAUUACCUCCGCCACUAUUACGUCCUUGCCCGAACAACGAUUCGUCUCCCCUUGAUUUAUUGCUGGACAAGUAUAUCAAAGGCCGUGACUCUACCGUUUUUGUGCGAGGAUCAUCCGAACCCUCAAAAGAUACACCAAAAUGGCUCACGAAACUCAUCUCCAGUGUUACAGUCCCUGUACCAUUCCCAGGUCACACUUUCGACAAUGUCAUCAAGAACUUUUCUCUGACGGACACGCAUUUCAGCUUACCAGACCCACUGUCCCCACCAGGAUCGGACUCACAGAAUCCUCAAAUAUCUGGAAGUAUUCUUGUGAUCGCUGCUUUACCCAAGGAGAUAAAUUUUGGUCUCAAUGUCAGCGAAGUAAAAGCUACUGCCACUGUUCUAUACAAAGGCAAGAAGUUGGGGAAUCUCGUUCUAAAAGAUUGGCAAAAAGCUCAAUCUAGACGGAUCGAUGACAAGAAUUCGAACGGUGCGGAUAUGGAAAUAAAGUCUCGCAUUGAGGGAGCGCCGCUCAUUGUCACCGACGAUGAUGUUUUCUCGUCUGUCUUAGAGGCACUAUUUUUCGGGAAGCCUCUUCUUCUUACCGUGGAUGCUCUUGUUGACGUCAAGGUAUUAACUGUUUUGGGUGAAGUUCAAGUCAAGAAAAUGCCCGCAAAUGGGGUAGUUCCUAUUAAACCGAUCUCUACGGACGGCGGCUUUGCAGAUGUGAAGCCUCGAGUCGACAAUCUCCGAAUUUUAUCCACCAGCAAAACCCGUUUGGAAUUUGAGGCUAGGGUCAACUUUACUAAUCCUACCGAAUAUACCGCACAUGUACCUUAUAUCAACAUUCACGUAAUCAACAACGGUUCUGUUCUCGGCGACGCUACCGCAACAAAUAUAGACGUCGUCCGAGGAAAUAACACGGGCAUCAUUGUAAGAGCUUCCUGGGAUCCGUCAACAUUUGGAGGCGAAAAGGCGGAACACAUUGGACGAGAGCUUCUAUCCCAAUACGUAUCUGGGUUCAACACCACACUUACAUUUCGAACCCAUAAAGACUCCAUCCCCUUUCAACCCUCACUUGGCAAAACUCUCUCUAAAUUCGCUGUCGAAAUCCCCACACCCCGCCUUCACACCCCUUCCUCGCCAGGCGAAAACGACGAGGAUGACGAUGGAAAACCUCACUUCAUAGACAACGCGAUAUUCCACCUCUGGUCAUCAACCGCAGAAUUCACUCUCAUCUCCCCCUUACAAUAUACCACCAUCUUCAUCACCCACAUCAACGCUACCGCCUUCUACAACCACACCGAGCCUGUUGGCCACAUCGACUACGAUCUCCCGUUCAAAGUCACGCCGGGGAGAAGCAAGAGUCCGCGCUUACCGGUACAGUGGAGUUUGGAUUCUGUGGGGUACGAUAAGAUCCGUGAGGCGCUUGGAGGGGAACUGAGACUAGAUGCGAAGGGUACGGUUAAGAUCAGGAUUGAGCAUUGGAACCAGGAGUUUUGGUACGCGGGGAGUGGGAUUGGUGCUGAGGUUAGGAUAUGA